AUGUUAGGUAGUCGAAUUGUAUCAUCAUUACUGCGUAGCUACAAAUUUUUGCCAUCUUCAAAAUCAUUAGCAACAUUGAAUGUUGCCCCUACUGCUUCCUUCGUACGAUGUGCGUCUGCUAAACGGGUUGAAUUUGUCUGCGGAGAUGAAAAGUUCACUGGGACUGCCAAGCUUGGAGAUACUUUACUAGAUGUUGUUAUAAAUAACGAUCUGCCUUUGGAUGGUUAUGGUGCUUGCGAAGGCGAGUUCUCCCUUUUCAUUCCUUUCAUACUUGCUCAUUUGCAUUCGUACGCUGCAUGUUUGCAACAGUGUCAUGUGGUGCUUUCACCAGAGCAUUUUGAGCGUGUCGAUCGGAUUAAUCCAGCAGGUGAAGAAGAGAUGGAUCUUCUUGAUCUUGCCCCUGAAUUAAGUGACUAUUCUCGAUUAGGUUGUCAGAUACAAGUAGAAGCGGAUGAUCCAGAAACCAUAGUUGUCAAAGUGCGCCGUAGCAAAAGCGGAACCCGAACAUUGGACUUAGAUGGAUAUCCCAGGAAGCAUUUUCCUCAUUUUAGCGCAUAUAAAGGUUAG